AUGCAGGGCAGCUGUCAGGACUCGUUGAUUGAAUUGGGAAGCACAUACUUGUUGCCAUGGCACAUGUCUCUACAUGAAUUCACUCUUUUUAAACAGACCGGCAACAUCAUUUCAACUCUAAUUUGUGAUGCUCUUGUUAACUUUGUGCCAUCUAUUCCCAUCAACUUCUUCAUAGUCCAAGAACAACCAUACAAACUCCCCUCAGUGAUGCGGCAUCACGGUGCUGAGAAUGUAGGAGAAGGGAAUGCAGACAGCGCUGAGUGUGCUGUCGAAAUCUCCAAUACGUCUAUUGAACGCCAAGGAUUUGUUGCUCGACAUCGUCGAGCCAGGUCGCUAGUGUCCGAACAGGACCUUGUCCGGUUUCGCGCUGAGGUGUUAGGCAUUUCACCCACAAGUAGUGGAACUCUCGACGCCGCCGAUGAGGACGACGAGCUAACGGAGCUUAAUCUCGCGUUUUCUUCUGCAAGCAUGUCAAUGACCAGCAACACCUCUAGCAGCGCCAGCAGCACAGGUCCGCCCCCUUCUCCCAACUCCAAUUCGCCUGCUGGCACGGGUCCCUUCGCCACUCUUUACGAUCACAGCAAUAACAACAAUAACGGCAAUAGCUUCAAUUCGUCUGGUCCCGUCAUGGCGGGCAUGUCUCGUCAGAUCCCGAGUCCCAGUACCCCUUCUACCCAAAAUGGGGGAAUGGCGCCGAUGAACGUCGGGAUGCCAGUCAAUGCCGGACACCAAAUGGAUCUCAAUCAUCUUUACGAGAUGGUUUUGGAGCUCAGUGAUGUGUUGAAAAAUAAUCGCGACAUGACGAAAGGGAUUAUUGACAGUGCUGAGGAAAUUAUGGUUGGCGAUCCUGCUCCCUUUCUGUUAUUUCCCCUUCAUGUGUUUAAACGCGCCGCCGCAGAGGGUGCCAGUCCAACGCUCCAACAGGUCAACGGUGAAGUAUCAGAAAACACCAAAUUGAUUGGGGAGUACGAAACGGCCGUCGGCACUAUGGUGGAACAGAUCCGCAACUACUGCCAGAACAAUAACAUGCACUACCUCGCCCAGAGACGCCACUACAGUAAUCUCCUCCAAGCUGAACGUGACGCCCACCUCGAGAGCCGCCUGGACAGAGACAAUUGGCACGCUAAGGCAAUGAGAUGCUCUGAAAUGAUCCGCACCGCGUACCGUCUUCGCUGCGACGAAGAAGAAGUCCCCAUCCGGAUUAUAUCUGGGUUGCAGAAUGAGGUUCGUGCAUACCGCAAUGCUUUGGGCAUGGAGCCUGAGAAACCGGAGGAAGAGUAUGGGUGGGAAAUACUCAAGGACCUUCCUGCUGGUGUGGAUUAA